CGGGUACCCAUCACACACUGUGACAGAGAAUCCUGGGUACCCAUCACACACCGUGACAGAAAAUCCUGGGUACCCAUCACAGACCGUGACAGAGAUACUGUAGUUGUAAAGCAUCAGAUAUACGGUUAGCCACAAAUGUGUCGUAAGGAAAUGAAACAAAAGAAUUUCCAUUUAAUUAGUAACAAUAGGUUCAUCGUGUUUCACAUUUUUAAUCCCGCAAGGGAUUGCGCUAACAGCUUUUUAGAUCGUCUCUCUUCAAAAAUAUUCUGAUUGAUGAUUUAUAAAAUAAUUUUGCUUAAAACCAUAGAAUAUUUAGCAAUAAUCUUUAGUUCCGAUUGAGACAACUUUUUUUCUUCUCAUAAUCUUAGUUCAUCACAGUUCUAAUCAUGAUAAUUAGUCUCUUUUAUUUGUACGGUAAUUAUUUUCACUAACAAUCACAAUUGAUAUAUUGUAAAAUUCUACAGAUAUUUAACUUGCUUAUUGUGUUGAGUAUAAAAUAAUUACUAUAGAAAUUCUCUAAUAUAGAUUUCGGGCAAUUUAACAGUAUAUGUUCAAGUUAUUGAAUGUCUUGAUUGUCCAUAUGAAAUAAUUGCCCAAGAUUUAUCAUCAAGUCAAGUACUUAAUCUUACAUUAAAUACGAAAUAUACUUAUCAUAUUCGUAUUGAAUUAAGUAAUACAUCAUCAUGUCUUGAAACACUUAUGCUCUAUGAACAUGGUCAAUAUACUCUUAAUGUUCAAACAUCAAAUACUCCAUCAAUAAAUUCAAGUUCAGAAUCAGGUCUUAAAUGUCUUUUAACAACAAGUCGUUCAGCAAAUAAUAUUUAUACACCAUUAAUUGUUGGUGUUGUUAUAUUAUUAUCAUUAUUUAUUUUUUGUUUAUUUGCACAACGAAUGAAAUUACGUGAAUAUUUAAUAAAUUUAAAAAAUCGUUGUUUUAAUCAUACACCACAACAAGAAUGUACACAUUCAUAUGAUUUACAAACAUGUCCACCAGCAACAACAAUUUGUCAAUCAGGAAUUGAUACAAUAAAUACAAUAGAAUGUAAUACAAAUGGUUCAAAAUUACCAACAAUACAUAAAUUAUCACAUGUUAUUGUACCAAGAUCAAAGCGUUUACUUAGUCUUGAUGCAUUUCGUGGUUUUGCUUUAAUUGCAAUGAUAUUUGUUAAUUAUGGUGGUGGUGGUUAUGCACAAUUUGAACAUUCACCAUGGCAUGGAAUAACAUUUGCAGAUAUUGUUUUUCCAUUAUUUGUUUGGAUAUUAGGAGCAUCAUUAAUAUUUUCAUUAAAAAAUGCUCUUGAUAAAGGUGUAUCAAAACGAACAUUACUCAUUAAAGUUGCAAUGCGUACUUUAAAAUUAUUUAUUAUUGGUUUUAUUCUUAAUACACGUUUUAAAGUUGAUUUAAAUAAUGUACGAAUACUUGGUGUUUUACAACGUUUUGCUAUAGUUUAUGGUGUUAUUGGUAUAAUUGAAGUUCUUUGUACACGAUCAAGACAAUAUUCCUUAACAGCAAGUUUUAAUAAUAAUAUAAAACAUACAUCAACAAUAACAACAACAACAGUUAAAAGUGGAAGAACAAAACGUGUAACAGCUGUUUUUCGAGAUAUUUCAAAUUUUCCUCUUCAAUGGUUGUUAAUUAUUGGUUUAACUACUAUUUGGGUACUUGUUGUUUAUUUAGUUCCAUUUGAAGAUUGUCCAGCUGGUUAUUUGGGUCCUGGUGGUUUACAUGAAAAUGGUAAAUACGAAAAUUGUACUGGUGGUAUAACAGGUUAUAUUGAUCGAAUUAUAUUUACAAAUAAACAUCUUUAUCAAUAUCCAACAUGUCAACUUGUUUAUGGUUGUAAAUUACCGUUCGAUCCCGAAAAUUUACUUGGAGUUAUUCCAACGAUAUUUUUAGCUUAUUUAGGCGUUCAAGCUGGACGAAUACUUGUUAUGUAUCAAUCAGAUCUUGAUCGACUUAUACGUCUUUUUGCUUGGGGUGUUUUUACAACAGCUAUCGGAGUUGGACUUACUUCAGGUACAUUUAUUGAUGGACCAAUGCCAUUGAAUAAAAAUCUUUGGACAUUAUCAUUUUCAUUUUUUACUGCUGGUGUAGCAUUUCUUGGAUUUUCAAUAAUGUAUAUUUUUAUUGAUAAAUUAAAAUAUUGGAAUGCAACACCAUUUCAAUAUCCUGGAACGAAUUCAAUUCUUAUUUAUAUAGCACAUAUUGUUUUUGCAACAUAUUUUCCUGUUCAAUGGGUUGUUGUUAAUACACAUGCAGCACAUCUUGCUAUGGCUUUAUGGGGUUGUAUUUUUUGGAUUAUAAUUGCAUAUAUUUUCUUCAAAAAACGAGUUUUUCUUGUGCUUUAA